AAGCCUGUGGGGGAAACGGCCAGUGUCGAGGAGCCUGUCAGUCAGCUGGUGAUUCGCAGCGUAGACACGGCAAUACUACAAGGCAUCUAGAGGAAAAUAAAGAAAUACAAUAGAAUUAUGGAAAAACUACAUAAAGACUGACAACCAAUGUGCAAAAUAAGAUAUUGUGCAAAUAUAAAAAUAAUACUAAGAACACAAGCUGUGGAGUCCUUGAAGUUUUAGAAGAUUUCUAACUGCCAGUUGACCUGCAAGAAUAAUAUCAACACAAUCAUGUCAUAUGAAGAUUCAGCUGUGAAUGAAACAGCCAGUGACAGCUUCUGGGAGAUUGGAAACUAUAAGCGCUCUGUAAAGCGCAUCGAUGAUGGCCACAGACUCUGUAAUGACCUUAUGAAUUGCCUCCAUGAACGAGCUCGUAUAGAGAAGGGUUAUGCUCAACAGCUUACGGAAUGGGCCAAGAGAUGGAAACAGCUAUUGGAGAAAGGUCCACAAUAUGGUUCUUUGGAAAAAGCUUGGGUAUCAUUAAUGACUGAGGCAGAAAAAGUCAGUGAGCUGCAUCUGGAGGUCAAGAGUACAUUGAUGAAUGAAGACUUUGAAAAGAUCAAGAAUUGGCAGAAGGAAGCCUACCACAAACAAAUGAUGGCAGGCUUCAAAGAAACCAAAGAGACAGAUGAUGGAUUCCGUAAAGCACAGAAGCCAUGGGCCAAAAAGCUGAAAGAGGUGGAAGCUGCCAAGAAAGCCUAUCAUGCAGCUUGUAAAGAAGAGAAAUUAGCAAUAUCCAGGGAAUCAAACAGUCGGUCAGAUUCAAACGCAAGUGCAGAACAGAUGAAGAAAUUGCAGGAAAAAGUUGAUAAAUCUAAGCAAGAUGUUCAAAAGACAAAGGAAAAGUAUGACAAAAGUCUGGAAGAGUUAAAUAAAUGUACACCGCAAUAUAUGGAAAAUAUGGAACAAGUUUUUGAUCAAUGUCAACAGUUUGAAAAAAAACGAUUAGAUUUCUUUCAAGAGGUCCUUUUGGGGGUUAAACAGCAUCUUGACCUAUCUGCCACCAGCUAUACAGCUAUAUAUCAAGAAUUGGAGCAUGCUAUUAUUUCAGCAGAUUCUGAAGAAGACCUUAAGUGGUUCAGAAAUGCACAUGGUCCAGGAAUGUCUAUGAACUGGCCCCAAUUUGAGGAAUGGAGUGUAGAUGUCAAUCGCACACUCGGCAGGAGAGAAAAGCCGAAAAAGACUGGAGAUGGAGUGAUCUUGACAAGCGUCAGUCAGACGGGUGAUCAGGGAGUCCAGCCGUCAAAAUACAACAGUGUCCGGAGUACUACCAGCUCGAUACGUUCCAGUUGUAACCCAUUUGACGAGGAGGAGAAUGAAAAGCCUGUCGAUGAGAAGGAGAACACAAUUCCAAAAAAUGUUAGUACUCAUGAAAAGAACCAAAAUUACACUACUGAUUGGUCAGAUGAUGAAAGCAAUAAUCCCUUCAAUUGCAAUGAGACAAAUGGUGACAAUCCUUUCGAUGAGAAUCAUUCAUCAGGGUCAGAAGUGCGAGUACGAGCAUUAUAUGACUAUGAAGGACAGGAACAUGAUGAGCUUAGUUUCAAAGCAGGUGAUGAAUUAACAAAAGUAGAAGAUGAAGACGAGCAGGGUUGGUGCAAAGGGCGACUAGAAAGUGGUCAAGUUGGCUUGUACCCUGCCAAUUAUGUUGAAGUUAUUCAGUGAUGUAGAAUGUACCAAUGCAAAAUGCAAUCUCUUUUCAAUUUAAAUACACAGUUACAUCAACCUAAAAUAAAAUAUAUUGGUGUAGAGAAUGUACAAAUUCAUUAUAGUAGGCGUCAUUUCUUCAGCUACUGCUUUGCUUUGAGAAGAAUCAAGUUUUUAACAGUGAACGAAUAGGCAUUUUAGCAGGCUGGCAUCCUCUGAAGUUCAGCUAAAGCUUCCUGGUAACUGUGAUAUUGGAUUUAAAUAUUAUCUAUUAGUCCAUGACAAUGGCAAGUUUUGUUUUCAAACAUACAGAUUGUAAAAAUUGAUUUUAAUAACUUGCCUUGUGUGACUGCUGAAUAUCCACUUUAAUUGUUAUGCAACCUUUCUAUUAAGUGAUUUCCCUUGCCCAGUUUUCCAUUUUUGAAAGAGAAAUCAACUAAGUUGUCUGUUUUCAAUGUUAUUUUUUAAAAUUAAGGCUUUCAAUAUUUUCCUAUUAGUUAUUUUAAUAUUUAAUUUUGUUGCAGUUUCUCUUUUAUAGAAAUGGCAUUCUUUUAAAUGCAUGAGGUAUUGUAAGAAAGAAUGAUCUACUUUGAUUUCCUCCCUAUAGUGUAGAAAUAUUUAAUCAUUUAUAGCUGUGCAAAACCAUGUGCUUUGGUGUGCUAGCUAAACUUCCUGCACCAUGUAUUCAGCACAUCAGUGAAACACUGGGAUGCGUUUUAGUUAAGUACUACUGCACUUGUUGCCUGUUACUUUAAUGUGAUGUAUCAUAAUUGAUAUAUAUCAAUUGAAAUAAUGUAACGUUAAACUUAGGCAGUCUGUAUUGUGAAAAUUGUGGAUUUUAAUGUGGCUGCAGAAUACAGGACUCCAUGAUUUUUAAUAUGUUCAUUUGCUCCUAACCUUUGGAAGAGUUAAUGUUAGAUGUUGAAGAGAAUGUAUUCCAAUGUUUCGUUUGCUUUCAGUUGUUAGUACACUGUUCUGCAUAUCUCUUUGAUAACUGGAGAGUUUGAAAAUCUGCUUUAAUAUGCAGCAUGGAAUCCUCCUUUACAGCAAAGACUGCAGAACUCUUAACAUGUAUUAAAAAUUCACAUGAACAAAUAAUUUGGAACUGGUGAAUGUUUUCUAGUGCAAUUUUGUUCAGUGAAUCCUUCCAAGUAUUCUUCACUGCUAGGAUUAAACCAGAAAUUGUGUGCAGUAAUAACAAGGUAGACUUAUGAUUUAGAUUAUGAGGACAUUUUUAAUACUAUUCUGGCCAACCAUCUAGCUGAAUGGAAUGCUAAAACUCUACAAUUUUAGGUAAGUAGCUGUAUUGGAAUACCGUGUAUUAUAAUCAACUAAAUGGCUGGUAGGCUUUUUAAAAAAAGUCAUUAUUUGUUCAGCUGGUGUGAAAUGACGGUUUUAAGUAUUGCAUUUGUGUCAUUUAAUUCAGUAACUUAUUAAAUGAUGGUGCCUUAGAAAACUUCUUCUCAAAUGUUUUUGUAGAAUCUAUAGACAAUGGGUUUCUUUUUUAAAAAUCUUUUUUGUACACUAGUUUGAGGGUGAAAUUUUAAAAAUUAAACCCAUCCCUUGACUCCAAUAUUUUGAAUUUCCAGUAAGUUGGCUUUUACAAAACUAAUUAGCUUUUUAACACAUAGGUUUUGACUUUUAAAAUUUAGUAGCACUACCAAAUACUUGAUAAAAAGUCUUGUGAACUAAACUAUUUUUAACACCUGUUUGAUACUUCAAUCCAUUUAUAGAGAUGUUUUUUUUUGUACAGCACCCUGAAAAAUUCCUGUAGAUAGUAGAGAAUGAAAAUAUCAAACAGGAGAACUUGGAGUCAUCUGAUCAUAUGAACACGUGAAGUAUAACAGGAAUAACACCUGAAUCCAUUUAGUAGCAUUAUAGGUCUGAUUGCAACCCCAACUCUGCAAUUCAGUCUACCUACCCACGCCUCUAGAUUUAAAAAGAAUCUAUGUCUGUCCUGAAAAUAUUAAAAGCCUUUGUUUCAUCAUCCUCUGAGGUAAAGAGUCUCUAAGUCUUGUAGUAAUGAGGGAAAAAAAUCUCACCUGAGUCUUAAAAGUACAGCCCUUGAUUUUUAAACGGUGACUACCCAGUUCUAGAUUCUCACAUAAAGAGAAACAUUCCCUCUGCAUCCAUCCAUUUGGGGCAUCUCAGGAUUUUAAAUAUUUCGGUUGUCUCCUCCCACUCAUCUAAAGUCCAGCAGAUACAGCCUUAGUCUAUUCAAUGUUUCCUCAAAAGGUAACCCAGCCAUUCUAGUUAAGUCAGGAUCACCUUCUCUGAGCUGCAAUCAACACAUUGAUAUCUUCCCUUUAAAAGGGGGCACCAGUACAGUACUCCAGAUGUGAUCUCAAUUUCCACAGCAAUAAGUCAUACUUUUUAAAACUUCCCAGUAUCCACAUACCAGACUUUUGCUCAUGCACACCAGAACACUCAUAUUUCUCUGCAGACCAAAAGUUCUCUAAUCUCUCACCAUUUAGAUUCUUUAAUUUUCCAAUCAAACUAGACAGUUAUACGUGUUCCGACAUCUAAUUUUCAGCAGUUUGUCCACUUAACCCAUCUGUAGCCCUUUCCCUUCUUAUGUCUGUUUCAUAAUAUUUACAAUUAUUUUAUGUUAUCAGCAAGUUUAACAGCCAUCCCUUCAGUUUCUUCAUCCCCGUGAUUUUCAUCAAUUGUAAUCAGUUGAGGCUCCACCACCGACAACUUUAAUGACAUCCUGGUACCAGAAAAGGACUAAUUUACACUCAUUCUCUGUUGCACUCUAUCUUCUAUCCAUGCCAACAUUUUACCUAUUAUGCCAUAAGUUUUGAUCUUCUGCAGUAACCUUUGAUACUGAAUUUUAUCAGAAAAUAGGAAGUAAGAUAGAAAAUAGUUAUAGGAAGAAUGUACCUAACAGUGAAAUUAGAAGAUUUUGGUUUCUCCUAUUAAUUAGAAUGACAGGGUAUGCAAAUGGAGAUAGGAGGUACAGUGAGGCUUUAGAGGGUUUUAAAAGAAGGAUGGAGAUCCUAUACUGAUUAUUUGAGGAUAUUGAGACAGUGAAACUUUGUUAAAACUAGUAAGACACUGCAACAGAUUUUCAAGGUUUUAAAGGAAUGAUCUGAGGAGCCUUGGAGAAUACUGGGAAAAUAGUGGAGUUAAGUUUAGGAGUGUGACGUAAACAUUGUCUGAUAGGUGGAGUGAUGGCUGUGGAAGUGAGUCAGGUGGUGAGUUGAAAGCUCAAUUCAGAAGCAGUUUGCAUACCAAACCUGUGCAUCAUCUGAUGAGGUUGAUGAAAUCCAGAGUUGUGUAGAUUGUGGUUGGACAAAUAAUUGAUUUGACAGCCAUUGUGCACACUUAGUGACUGCCAGUAAAAAUAUACCUCAAAAUGAAACUCCAUGGUGAAAGAAACAACACAGCAGGGUCUGGUCAGUUAGCAUCUACAAAGAGUUAAUGUGGAGUUAACGUUUCAUGCUUGAGUUGUCAUUGGAGCAUGCCAAAACUCCUCCCUUCCUGCCACAACCACCACCACUUCAAUGCCAUCUAUUGGUGAAAGCAAGACCAUUCCAGCAAAAUGAGAAUUAACGUUUUGUCCCUAUACUAGCAAAUGUGGUAGCAUCAUUAAACAUAUAGUUCUAUGUGUGUUUGAGUUCGGAAUUUAUUUACACUGUUAAAACUGAAUGGACAUUCCACGAUACUGACUUUCAUAUUUUUUGCUUUGCAUUGCAAAGGACAAAUAACAUUACUGAACUGUAUUUACAUUCAGUCUCAUAACAGAUGUGCAAAUUGGUAAUCAGUCACAAUGAAUUCUGAUUUUUUGUUUCCUUUUUAUGAUGCUACUGAAUUGAACAAUGGAAUUUUAAUGAAUUUUAAUUCACUGCAGAGCCUUUCAUGUUUUUGUUGACAAGUCAAUUAUGUUGAGCCUUUAAUCUUAAAUGUACCACUUUAAAGAUAAAUUUAUUCUUUAGAGGUGAAUAGAUACUGACAUUAAUUUCAAGAGUGGUGAAAUGUGGUGGAGGUAGUAGUGAUAUAAAUUGUCAGUAUGUUUGUAGACCACAUUUUAUUCAGGAUACAUUGGCAUGGGACAUCAAAAUACAAAUUUUCUGGUGGGUUCUACCGCAGACAUGAAUAUAACUAGACACAACAGUUUGAAGUUAUAUAUGGGGAUUGGCUAUCUGAAAUCCUUCUCUAAACUAGGAGUCAUGCACAUUUCUAGUCAGGUGUAAGAAGUAUCCACAACCUCUCAGUUCUCCUGUACCUCAUUCAUAAAACUUCACCCAGUGGCAAGGAUUGGAUGGAAAAGUGACCAAAAGGCAUGCAGGUUUGUGGGGUCAACAAGCAGUGCACAGAAUUAAGAUGCAACAACAGGACACAUAAUUCGUUGUUGGGAAAUUAUAUUAGAACACGUACCUUGUAAUUGACAAACAAAAAAAAUAGCAGUUUAAGCAUUGUUAAGCUAAAGUCAAAAUAAAUUCACCUAUUGCAUUAUUUUUCUCAUCAGAAAAUGUGAACUUUUUUAAGAGACUACAAUGUAUACCUGAGUAAAAUCAAAAUGGACAUAUUGUACAUCUGUUAACACAUCGACAAUGAGAUACUGUACAUGGAACUAUUUUAUUAUCAUGAUGCUGAGAUACAUCUUAGGAUGUGCUGGGACACAUCAUCAGUAUUGUAAUUUGGGGUCAUUGGGUGUUUCAAGUCUUUCAACAUCAGACACCCUCACCUAUGAGACCCAGCCAGGGUUAAUCAGGCCCCACCUUAUGUCCCAGCAGCAUUGGUCUAUGGGGCACACCUCCUGAUCCGUAGCUACCUGAAGGCCUGCUCAGCAGCCUCUGUGACAGUCCUGAUGGUUCUUUUCUUUGCGGCCCCUGUAAUGCCAUGGAGAAGAGAGUAGGUUCUAUAGGGUGAGCAGCCAGCAAAUCCUCUACACUUCACCUCUAUAGGCUUGCAUUGUGACUUCCACACCUGUCUCUGGCACUGCUCUACCACCUCCGGGUAUCUGGCUUUCUUGUGCUCAAACACCUCCUCAAUCCAGUCUUCCCAAGACGCUGUCAGUUCCAUCAUGACCACCUGCAUUGAGGUUGACACAAUGCUGAUGUGAUAAAGUCAGGGAACUUUAAUUGCUUGCUAAAAUCGACUUUCAGUUGCCCGUCAGAUGCUGUGGUGAGCAAGCCUGAUGGUGAUUUAGGCUGAGGCUGUAGUUGGUCUCCAGCUUUGACAAAGGCUGUGGGAUUUCUGUAUACUAUAAAUAUGCUAUGAUUCUUCAACAGAUCAGAAAUUAUUCCCAUCACAGCAGUUUUUGGGCAAUUCUAAAUGCUUUGUAAUUAAUUCAAAAAAGGAACAUUAAAGAACAGCCAUAAACAUUGACCACCAACAACAGGAAAGAGGCAAAGUGGAGCAGAAGACAAGAGAUUAUUUAUGUUGAUUUGAUUCUUUAACCAUCAUUAUCUAUAUUGAAUAACUUUACCUUAUUUAGUAAACUUGUUUUACUGAAUAAACCAGUAGCAGUUUACUCAGUGCAAGUGUAUCUCAAAAUGACAGACCGGGGGAGAUAAAGGAAGGCAUAGGAAUCAGCAGGUCAGAUAGAAUCUUCGAAGUUCAACAUCCUUAGUUGCAGUGCAUUGUAUCAACACUACAAAUCUUCAUGUUAACAAAUUAUUUAUCUGCAGUGUCUCUAUCAACAGCUGACAAAUCCUAUUCUUAGUGCUUGAUGUCAUUAAAUGUUGUUUAUAGAAUGCAUAUGAUACACAGUGAAAAGUAAUAGCUGCAUGCCUUCCUCCCAUGUAUGAAGUUCCUGCCAUUCACACUUGCCAAAUUUCUAUCAUACUCUGUUUCCACUAGAUGUCACGUUGUAUUUGAUGUGCUGUUUAGUCUGCCUGUUUGCCAUUUUUCCAGAACUGUUAGCAUCUCAGCAUCAAGUUCAUCAUGAAACUCUAGGAGUUAAUUCCUGAGGUGGCUGACAAUUUGGCUUUUUUAAAAAGGUUGUUUGAAAACAUUAUCACACCCAAUGUUCUGGAUGAAAACAGUCAAAUUUUCUUUGCCACAGGAGUAACUACAGACCCAAUAUGCCAGUGAGAUAUGAAAUUUUGACUAAUGCAUUUUAGAUGUUCCAAUAUUUUAAUUCUGUAGGCAUUGUUAGAUCCUAAGAAGAAAGAAGAAUAACUAGCAGCGCCUUAUUGGCUGUAAUCCAUAAGUUCAAAAGGUACAUGAAGAUCCCGAGUUAACAACUUCUAAAAAAUGAGCCUGCAGCUAAUUCCACUAUGAAGUGUAAUACCAGCAUCAGUACACAGUCAGGAGCAUGACUGUUUUUCUCUUUUCCCUCACUUCUAGACAUUCUUCAAUUUUGUCUGACUUUCAGAGAGCUCUCCUAGUUAUAAUAGCUUCACAACUUUGUCUGCCUAGUCUCAUUCCUUCUGUUUUCUUUUUGUGUUCAUGGGAAUUUCUAUUGAUGGAAAACGUUAUUAGUCCUACUUGCUGUUUCUUUCCUCUUGAUAAUUCAUGGUAUGAUUAAAACAGGCCUGUCCUUGUAUUUCUUUCAAUCCUUUUUUUGAAGGCAAGUAUUCCAAACAGAAAAUGCUAAUAAAUUUAUAUACCUGUCAGCUAAUAGCAAGUUAUUUUCAGACAAAUUUCAGUAAUUAGAUUUAGGAUUAAGAGAGAAAAUCUGCCUGACGCAGUGUUAUGUUCAUAUAAAGAAAGUUGAUCAAUUGCUUUCUGAGGACUCCUAUUGGAGAUAUUCCCAGAUGACCAAAUAAUUAGUAUUAUCCUAAACUCUAUUGAUCUGUAUUGAGAUGUGAUCAAAAAGUUGCAAUAGAUAGAAAUCCUUUUAAAUUUUCUAUUACUUUGCUUAAAUUGCCCAAUAAUUUUAUGGAUUCAUCAUUAGCACCAAUGAAACUGUAGUAAAACACCUGCGCUGAUGCAGGGUUUUGACCUUUCUAUUCCUUUCUCCCACAGAUGCUGAUCGACCCACUGAGUUGCUCCAGCAGAUUGUUGACUAAUUAAUAAAUCUGUUUUAACAUGAACAUUUAAUUGAGUACCUUGGUUAUCAUAUUUAUCAACUCAUUGAAUAACUAAGUAUGAUAACACUUAGCUGGCUUAACUGCACAUUUAAUUAAAUAUCCAUAAACCUUUAAGUUUUAAAGAUUUAGAUUGUAGUUCCUGAAUAUACAAAGGAAUUAGACAAAAUACCACAAGCAGAGGAUACCAGUUGAUUAGAACUUGCAAUUCUAGAUAAGACUAUACAAUAUGAAAACCAAAAAUUCUAUAUAAUGAAAUAUUCUGAUUUGUUAAAUAAAAAUUGAUAACUGCUAUUUGAUUGAUUGUAUUUAAAUUUCUAAAUAUUAAGGAUUAUUCAAAUUUAACUAGUUUUGUUACAUUUCAGUCAUUUUUAGCAUUAUUGUUGCAACUGUUACUAAAGAAUAAAUUUGAUUGCAUUUGAAGUUUAAGUUCAUGACAAUAUUCGCAUUAUAAACUGAAAAUGAGUUUAGGUCAACAAAUUAAAUAGCUGGUUCCUACUGAAAUUACUGGGAAAAACUUCUGAUGAACUUUGAUAUGUUAAUCUAGUAAAACAUUUCUUCUAACUGGUGAAUUAAGAUCAAAGGAAUAUUCUUAAAAUUAGAGCUCCUCCAUACAGGAUCUAAGCUAACAGAAGUAACUUUUCAACUAGAUAUAAAUAAAAACUGGCUAUGUCUUAGUCUUGUGAUUACAUUGUAGAUUGCUGUUGAUUGUGAUCUGCAUGAGUUGAUUCAGACCUGGCUUCUUUGGUUUUAAAAAUUGCAUGAGUGCAUGCAAGUCCUCGCACUACUUAAACCUUAAAUGUUUUCAGAUUAUGGAAGGAGAAUAAUAAGAGUAAUAAUUAUGAUACUUGUGUUCUAGUAUUUUUGCCUUUGUUGAAAACCUUAGUUGUCAUGGCAAUUAUGAAUAUGAAGCAAAGCAAUAAUGAAAAUGAGUGUGUCUUCCUGUUGUUUCAUUGAUAUUACCACUGACAUGGUCAAAAGAAGAUUAUACCCUUGAGUGAACUUGUGCUUCUUCCUGAAAAUAAGUCAGCCCAAAUUCUGUAGUGAUGCUGAGGCCUAAAUUCCAAAUUCCACUAACUGUGGUUACAAAUAACUGUAUUUGCAUCAUACCAUGUACUUUAUGGAAAUAAGAUGCUAAUUCGUGUACUCUUUGUCCCAUUACCUUAUAU